AUGAAAUAAAAAAAAUAGUAGUUAGGAGAAAUCAGUCUGAAUAAACAAUGCAAUGAAUCAUAACUAAAAGAAGUAAUUCAAAAGUUAUUGGCGAACCAUGAAUUUUAUAGAAUAGAAAUUGCGAAAUUAAAAGAAUAAAACAAUGAAACUAUAUAAAAAUAUCAUAAAGCCUUGAGAUAAAUAGGAGAGAUGGAGCAAACAUAGAAAAAAGAUUAAUUGUAUAUCAUGCAAAUUGAUUGUUUUUUAUAGGAGGCCAAAAAGAGAUAUGAUCAAAACAAAAAAUAACAAACGGAUCAUUAUGUUGAUGCAUUAUUAGAAAUGACUAAAUAAAGAGAUGAAUGUCUGAAAAGAAAUAUUCAACUUGAAAUCAUAGUAUAUGAAUUAAACGAAUAAAUUGAAAAAUUAAAACGUUAAACAACUAUAAUACCAUCUGCCAGUUAAUAAUAAUUUAGUAAUCCUUUAACGGCAAAUGAGGAGGUAGUGUAAAUAGGGAGCGAAAUAAAUCACCGUAAAAAAUCAUCCAUUUAUUCAAUGAAUACCCAAGAUUCAAUAAUAAAUGAUGAAGAUAGAGAUAAGGAAGAUCAAUUAAUGGCAUUUCUUUAAUAACUAGACGAAUAAUAGGCGAACUAGUUGUAUAGUCUAUUCAGCUGUUUGAAUGCCGAUCUCAAUUCUAAAGUGAACAAGACUCAGCAAUAAGGUUCUUUCAAUUUUUCCUAAAAAUGGAAUAACAAAGAAGAUCCUUAUUUUUGA